CCAAACAAGUUUAAAAAAACUCCAAGACCCGUACCCAUCUUCUUCUCACCUAUCUAACUUCUUCGUCCACUAAUGCUUCAGAGAGAGAGAGAGAGAGGGAGAGAGGUCCAUUUCACUUGGAGAGAGAUGUCAUUCUCCAUUUAGUUUGUGGGUUAAGCAAUAUUACUUGAGUGAAAUUCCGAAGGAAGAGAAGCUCCAUCUCCCUCUCAUACUUUCUAUUAAGAACGAGGGCAUAGCAAGUCACAUAGAGAGAGAGAAACCCAUCUCAUUCUUUAUCUGGUUUUGAUCGUCACAUAGAGAGAGAGAGAAACCCAUCUCAUUCUUUAUCUGGUUUUGAUCCUCAAAGGAGAGAGGGAGACAGAGAAAGAGAAAGAGAGAGCGAGAUGGAGGAUGAGCAUGAGCCUCUUUUGAAUCGAGAAAGCCGAGGAAAUGGGAAUAGUUUCGUCGAAUUUGAAGGGGACAUAGAACCCACAAGGAGCUUGGGUGAGUUCAGUAGAGAGUUUGCGGUUGAAUCGAAGAAGCUAUGGUAUUUGGCAGGGCCAGCUAUAUUCACAUCGAUAUGUCAGUAUUCGCUGGGUGCGAUCACCCAAGCAUUUGCAGGCCAUUUGGGUACCCUCGAGCUCGCAGCUGUUUCCAUGGAGAAUUCUGUUAUCGCUGGCUUCUCUUUCGGUCUUCUGCUUGGCAUGGGAAGUGCACUAGAGACACUAUGUGGGCAAGCCUAUGGUGCUGGGCAAUUGGACAUGCUAGGCAUAUACAUGCAAAGAUCAUGGGUCAUCCUCAUCACAACUGCCCUCAUACUCUCCAUAUUCUAUGUCUUUGCCACUCCAUUCCUCAUUCUCAUUGGACAAGACCACAGAAUAGCUGCUGCAGCAGGAUUAUUUUCCCUAUACAUGAUACCCCAACUCUUUGCAUAUGCUGUGUAUUUCCCUAUUCAGAAAUUCUUACAAGCACAGAGCAGGAUGAUGUCUAUGGCUGUCAUAGCCAGUAUUGCUCUAUUGCUCCACACUUUCUUCAGUUGGUUGGUGAUGAUCAAGUUGAAUUGGGGCAUGGUUGGAGCUGCAGUGGUGCUGAAUGGCUCAUGGUGGUUCAUAGUGGUGGCUCAGUUGGUUUAUAUUUUUUGUGGGAGUUGUGGAAGGGCUUGGAGUGGGUUUUCAUGGAUGGCAUUUCGAAAUCUCUGGGGUUUUGUUAGACUCUCCGUAGAAUCUGCAGUUAUGUUGUGCAUGAAUAUCCUGGGAUGGGCUGUUAUGGUUGCCAUAGGAUCAAAUGCGGCUACAAGGUUAGCAAAAGAAUUGUUCCAAGUCAAAAAUAUUCACAAUGUGAGGGUGUCAAAUGAAUUGGGAGCUGGGCAUCCAAGGACUGCAAAGUUUUCAGUGGUGGUAGUGGUGACCACAUCUUUCAUCUUGGGAUUUGUUCUCUCUAUGAUUUUGUUAGCAACAAAGAAUGACUGGCCAAAAGCAUUCACAAGCAGUGAGGAAGUUAAAAACCUGGUCUCUGAGCUCACCCCCCUCCUUUGUAUUUCCAUUGUAGUGAACAAUGUACAGCCAGUGUUCUCAGGGGUGGCCAUUGGAGCUGGGUGGCAAGGUCUGGUGGCUUAUGUGAACAUUGGAUGCUAUUACAUUUUUGGCAUUCCUCUGGGUCUCCUCUUGGGCUACAAGCUUGACUUUGGAGUCAAAGGAAUUUGGAAUGGGAUGCUUGCCGGGACUGUGGUGCAAACGCUAAUUCUCAUUUGGAUGACAGACAGAACAAAUUGGAACAAAGAGGCAUCCAUUGCUGGGGACAGGUUAAAGCAUUGGGGAGGAGAAGUUGCGAAGGCUAAUGAUGCAUAGAAGUAGCAGUAACUCGAUCUUCUUUUACUUGCUUUGUGCAAGAUUGUUUUCCAUUUACUUUGGCUUCCAUCACUGGAAGCUUUUGCUAGCAUCAAUUGGAUCAAAAGAAAGAGAAGAAUAAUGAGUGAAAAAAAAAUGCUAUCCACCAUUUCUUUUCUCAAAAAUUUAAAUAAUAAAGAGACAAAUCUA